GAACUGGAAAAACCAUUCUCUUCUGUUUUCUUGCAGUACCAAUCUGUACUCCAGUUUUCAAGGCGAGAUUAAAAGGUUUAGAUAAGAGGAUAAGCGCGUUUAAAUCAAAUUUCUGAUCUAUGGUGCACUGUUGAUAGCUUCACUAUUAAUUCAGUGUGUGAAGUUUAUGUUUGGACCUUUCCAUCUUUGCGGACCGUAACACGAAGGAAGCGGAAAUUAACAACCCGCUUGCUUUUCCCGGAGCUACUCCGGAGUCGGGAAAAUUAACUGCAAACGUAAGCCCUAUGAACAUGAUUUUACUGUUGUUAAAAUGCGGUAUUUCUAUGUAGUUCUUUAUUUCACUGCGUAAGAGGGGUCGGAGAGGGAGACGGUCUGCAGUUGACAGCACUCAGACAAGGAAGAUCUGUCACUCUACGGUCAGCAGUGACAAGGACAGAUAUUAGGAGACUAUUAUAUUUUUCCUAUAGAAUCACUUCCUUCUGGAGCUUUAUAUCUGUCUCACAUCCACACAGCGCAUGCCAUGGAGGCAAUAGCUAAAUACGAUUUCAAAGCUACUGCUGAUGAUGAAUUAAGUUUCAAGCGAGGAGAGAUUUUAAAGAUUUUAAAUGAAGAAUGUGACCAGAACUGGUACAAGGCAGAACUCAAUGGAAAAGAAGGAUUCAUCCCUAAAAAUUACAUAGAAAUGAAGCCACACCCCUGGUUUUAUGGGAAGAUUCCCCGUGCAAAGGCAGAAGAAAUGUUAAAUAAACAGAGACACGAUGGAGCUUUUCUCAUUAGAGAGAGUGAGAGUGCACCUGGAGACUUCUCGCUGUCUGUCAAAUUUGGGAAUGAUGUCCAGCACUUCAAAGUCUUACGGGAUGGAGCAGGGAAAUACUUCUUGUGGGUGGUCAAAUUUAACUCGUUAAACUCCUUAGUGGAUUAUCAUCGGUCCACUUCUGUGUCCAGGAAUCAGCCAAUUUUCCUCAGGGACAUUGAACAGGUACCACAGCAUUCUACAUACGUUCAAGCUUUGUUUGACUUUGACCCUCAAGAGGAUGGAGAGCUGGGGUUCAGGCGUGGAGAUUUUAUCCAGGUCCUGGACAACUCGGAUCCUAAUUGGUGGAAGGGGGCUUGUCACGGACGAACCGGAAUGUUCCCUCGAAAUUAUGUUACACCUGUCAAUCAAAACAUGUAACUUGCAGAGAAAAUGCUUGCUUGCUUAAAGCACCUAUGGACAUAGAGCUGGGUUGCCAUGGAAACAAAAACCACAGAGUGAUGGAGAGAAAAGGCUCAAUUGGGGACGUUUAUGUCGAUUGGCCGGGAAAAUAAAGACUGUGCUGUUUGGAGUGAUUGACAUUUUAAGCAGCACUAUUGGCUGUGUGAGGAAAAAUGCUCCAGACUGAUAUUUCUUUCAUGUACUGUUUUAAAUCAGCUAUGCUUUAUAUGCAACUUUAUUUCAUGUUAUAAGACAUCAGCUGUA